AUGCCGGGUGUACCACUUCGACUACGAGUACCACAGAAACCACUACCACAACAUCGACCACAACAACGUCCAGCACUAGUUCUACAUCAACCACAACUAGCAGCUCUACUUCAAGCACCACCAGCAGCUCUACUUCAACCACCACUAGCACCUCUACUUCAACCACCACUAGCAGCUCUACUUCAACCACCACUAGCAGCUCUACUUCAACCACUACCAGCAGCUCUACUUCAACCACCAGCACCUCGUCGGAAACAACUACAACGUCAUCAACUAGCACUAGUUCAACAACCAGCACUACAUCCGAGACAACGACUACAACAUCCACAACAAGCACAACAUCGGAGACAACCACAACAACUACUAGUACAACAACCGAGACAACAACAACAACAUCCACCUCUACUAGUACUUCCAGUUCCAGUACUACAUCGGAAACAACUACAACCACAUCAACCAGUACCACCUCAACAAGUAGUACAACUUCAGAAACAACAACAACAACAUCCACCUCUACUAGUACUUCCAGUUCCAGUACUACAUCGGAAACAAGUACAACUACAUCAACCAGUACCAGCUCAACAAGUAGUACAACUUCAGAAACAACAACAACAACAUCCAGUACAACAUCAGAGACAACAACAACGACAUCAUCUAGCACUAGUACAUCUACGAGCACAACAUCUGAGACAACAACAACGACAUCCAGCAGUACUACUUCAACAAGCACUAGUACUACAUCGGUGA